CCACCAGGCGGCGGCCAUUACUUUGUUACUUUCGCAUACGAGUCGUUUUUGUAAACAAUUCAAGAUUUUGAGUUUUGAAAAUCAUUUAGCCUUGAAAUUUUCGAACAGUGGGGAUGGCGGUAUCCCAAAUCAGAAUUCAUGGGAAAGGACAUCAUCUUUGUUUAUCGCGAACUUUACAGGCAUCCUUAGAGGAAGAAACGUACACCGAUGUACGAAUCGGCGUGUUUAAAUCUACCUCAUUGGAUGGCAAUAAUCAUCCCCGGUUUCUACGAGCCAGUAGUGCAGUUUUAGCGGCCGCUAGCCCUGUUUUAGCCCAACUUUUAAAAGAAAGGACAGAAGAUGAUGAAAUAGUCUUAGUGUUUGAUGGCUAUCAAUAUCAAGAUAUCUUAAAUUUGCUGCAGUAUGUAUAUACCGGGCAGGCAUAUGUGAAUUGCCAAGGUGAACAAGUGUUCAGAGAUCUAUUAAAUCAUUUGCAUGUUGGUGACUUCACCAAGAUUUUACCAAAAAACAAACUUUCUGCAUCCCAUGUGCUGAGUAAUGAAGACUUAGGUCAACCUACAUCAAAGCAAAUGAAUGUUGAUUUUGCUUCAAAUCAAGCUAAGAAAACCAAUCUGGAAAACUUAAAGAAAAAAAAAUCUGACUAUGGAAAGCAUUUUAAAAAGAUUCCAGUUUAUCCAACAAGACCUUUGCAACUACCAAAAAAUGAAAUAACUCUUCAGGAUCCAUUAUUAAAUCAACUAGAUAUGUUAAAUCCUGAUAUGGCACGAACUGCUUCAAUGCUAGAAAAAUCUGCGACGAAAUUUAAUCUCUUGACGGAGGCGGAAACUAUUGCUGGAAACUUGAUUGACUAUCCAAGGAUAGCAAACCGUGUGGGCAUUUAUUUUGAUCCACAACUUUUCGGCUAUUACCGAUCGAUAGUACGGUCGUUACCACCCAUCCGAAUCUUUCUCCACAUUGACGAUGACGAGUCUGAAAGCGAUUCAGAUUGCGAGUUAACAACAGUAAAGAAAUCAAAUAUAGUGUAUCCACCAGCCGGGAAAAGACACAUCCAACAAGUUCUUCGCAAACGAAAGAGUUUCUUUAGAAGCCGAUUACCUGUCAAAACAAUGUGUCGUGUUAACGGCAAGGCACACAUUAUAUUGGACGGAGAACCUAUUCCGAUGGACCCGUUCAUAAAAGCAAUUGAUUAUCCAUUGGUGGAUCAGAACCAGCAAAGCCAACAAAUAGAAUCCCAACAGGAGGACGAAGGCUCCGCACAGCUAGAAGUGGAGAACGAAUCACGCCGUAAGCGUAUGCUGCUUAGCACGCUCAGUCGACUAAGAAAAGAUCAUUCUCGUGCCAAAAAAGUUGCACAUAAUAUUUUAAAAGUUUCAUCCGCCAAAAAUGAAGUUGAUGAAAAGGAACCUACGCAAACACCAAAGAAAUCGGCCCAAAAUAUGGUAAUCUGUGAAAUAUGCGGAAAAGUUAUUUCCGCCUCAUGGAUUCGCGUUCACUUCGCCAAUCAUCAGGGAGAGAAAAACUAUUUAUGCGAACAUUGCGGGCGUUCUUUCGCGUCAGCCAAUCUGUUAAAAUCGCACGUCCACUAUCAACAUAACAACCAAUUAGAUAUGAUCGAGUGCAGCAUUUGCGGCAAAUCUUUCACGAAAAAGUCAAGACUUGAAAUUCAUAUGAGAAUUCAUAGCGACACAAGGCCUUAUCUUUGUUCAGCACCUGGUUGUGGGAAAAGAUUCCAUACGAAUGGCAAUCUGAGGAAGCAUUCGUUUGUACAUACUGGCGAAAAGCCGCACAAGUGUGGCAUUUGUGAUAAAUCGUUCGCACAGUCAACCAAUUUGCGAUUGCAUAUGCGAACGCACCAACAACUAUUAGAUAAAGGCCAAAACUUUAAUUCACGUGUUCGCAAACCGGAAGCCGUUUUCCCUUGUGAUUUUUGCCCGAUGACGUUCCAUCGCAUCAGACAUUUCAAUGCGCAUCGGGCAACUCACACUGGCGAACCAACUACGUUACCCUGCACAAUUUGCCAACAACAGUUCCCUAAUAUAAAGGAACUGAAGGAUCAUAAAAAAACUCAACACCCCGGCACAGUACAUCAGUGUCCUCAGUGUGAUAAAUCUUUUUUUAAAAAGACGGCCAUGCAGCGACAUCAGGCUUCGCAUACGGAAGAAUUGGUUCCGAAACCCAAUUUUCCCUGCCAACAUUGCAAUUCGCGAUUUACUACGUCGGCAGCAAGAACGGUACACGAAAGAACUCAUACGGGCGAACGCCCGUUUGAAUGUCCUACUUGCUCGAAAAGCUUCACAUCAAAAUAUAAUUUUCGACAACAUCUACGGAUGCAUUCUGAAGAAAGACCCUUUAAGUGUGGUCAGUGUGGCAAAGCUUUCAGACAGCCUCAACACUUGAGGGCACAUGCUUACACACACAAGAGCACAGAGGAGCCUGUGCCUUGCCCCAUUUGUGGGAAAAUGUUUAGGAACAAAAUUUUAGUUAUGUCACACAAGAGAAUCCAUAAGCAAGCUAAAUUGGAUCAGUCAAUUACAAAUCAGGAGAGUCCACAGCAUCAUGAAGCCAAUCUUCAGUUUGUCGACAGCAAUAUGGAAUUCGUGAACAUAUUGGUUUUGGCUGUAGACGUUAAAGAACUUACUCAGAGUACGGUGGGCGGUCACGAUCUACAACAACACAGACAAAAAAUACAAGCUCUUUCAGAGGAGACAAAUCAGUAUCUAAAAAAGAAUGUAUACCAAAAUUACAUGCAGUUCAUUGAAACUGCAAAGGAGAUUUCGUAUCUGGAAAGUGAAAUGUACCAACUAUCACAUUUAUUGACAGAGCAACGUUCCCUAUUAGUUACACUAUUGGAAAAUUCUUUACUUGGUGACAAAGCCCCUGGACUUAGGGGUGUUGAGAAACCAGAAACAAGAGCAAAAUUCAAUACUGAAGUUGCAGUUAAUUUGAAUGUAAACAAUCAGGAAGGCAGAAAACGCCUUACUGCUUUGUUGGAAAAGGUUGAAGGUUGUGCUAAUGUUGUAGAAUCACUGACUAGGACUUUGAUACAUGAGGGAGAUAUGGUGGAAUUGGACCCUUCUGACAACUGUGCUAUCGGGAGAGUGCGCGGUUUUUUACUCAACGAUAGUUUCAUGAUUGCUUCAUGGCUUCCUAACAAGAGAGGCAACAUGAGAUAUCAGUAUCAGGCAUUGUACGAGCUCGAAGGCCUAGCAGUUAUCAACAUUCGGGAUCUAGGCCCCGUCAAAUACGCAUUCAAGUUAAUGAUGUUUCCAGAUACACGAGUCCUUCAGUGCGCAAACUCAAAUGACAAAAAAGAAUGGCUCGAAGCUUUUGAUUUAGCCAAACACUUGAAGAUAAAAAAAGAAAUCAGUCCAACACCGUCGGCAGAAACGAAAGAUAAUAGCUAUGACGAGGCAUUUAACCCGUUUGCAGAAGACGAGAGCCUUACCGGUUUUCCAAAUGGAACGGAAAACAGUCAAGAAGUUGCUGAAUCUAUCCCUGAUUGGGUGGCGGAAGUUGCCGAUGAUAUGGACGUCUAUGUAGCACAGCGAGACUUUGAAGAAGCUGUUUCAUUAGCGGAAAAAACACGAGAUUUUUGGGAUGGCGCGUCACCUAGCUUGGUCAACCUCCAUCGUGAUCUAAAAUUGAAAAUCGAUAGCCGAAUUCGCCAGCUAAGUGAAGUUUUAAUGAACGAGCUGCGCGUCUCCCCAGACAAAUCUUUGCAGGGUGGACCAAGAGCUGCCUCGCGUGCUGUGCUUCUACUCUCCAGAUUAGGCCAGGCAUCCCAAGCCUGCGAUCUCUUCCUCAAACACCGCUCCGCCCUACUAAAACACAAUCUUCGUCAACUGAAGACCGAAGGGGCUACCACUCUCUACAUCAAGAGGAUAACUAGCCUUUUCUUUCCAUUCGUUGCGGAUACUGGUCGUGAAAUAUCACGCGUAUUUCCUAAAAACAAAGUUUGUGCAUCUGCGUUCGUGGUUUGGUCGCGAAAUGAAGUUGGAAAAUUCGGAAAUAAUUUCAGGAAACAUGUUUUCACCUCAGGUUCGACACUGACAACGGUUGCUGAAUGUGUCGCACUUGUCAGAAGCCACUCUGAAGAGCUGACUGAAAUUGGAUUGGACUUGACUUUCUACUUGGAAAAUGAGCUUCGUGGUCAAGUGGAACGAUGCUUGCGUGAUGCUCGUGAGAAGCUAAUGGAAUCUAUUAAAUUACGUGCUUUAGAAGAUAAAUGGCGUCCGGUGAAUCUUGUCAAUAAGAAUGGAAUCGCUCGGUUCGCUGAUGACAUGAAUGAAGUAGGAAUUGCUUCUAUACAUUCUUGGGUUUACGAUGAAUGCUGGGUGGCUCUGACGAGCAACACAAUCAAUUUUUCAAAAGCGUAUAUGACCUUCCUGGAUGACGCGCUGAAAAUGCCUUCAGCAGACAGUAACAUCUUUGUAGACGAGGUCUUGCUCGAUAUUUUCCAAGCCCAGUUAAAACAUGUAGAAAAUUCUUUUCGCUCUGGAAAGUACAAGGGGGAGGCAAAAUUCAUUAGCAGAAAUGCAUCGUUUUUACUGCAUACCGUCCUUGCAUUAGCUCAACGUCGCGUCUCAGAGGUUCGGCUCUAUCCGUGUCCUUCGUUUGCGAAAUUACGCUCUGAAUUCGAGUGGCUAGCUAAUGAUAGCCAGAAAAUAACUACAACAAUUAAAUCCCCGGUUUCUGAUCAAUCUUUUAUUUAGCGGGCUGCAAAUGCUUAAAAUAUAAUAUACAAAAGGUUACGU